AUGUAUAUUAGCCAAACUCUGCGCGUGAUCAUGACUGCAACAGUGACAACGCAGCCGCAGAGGAACGAGUUGGAGUCACGUGCUAUCCCCAGUUGGCAGAAAGAAGCACCUACUGUACACAAAGGAAAGAGUAUAAUCAAGGACGACCCGGAGGCGGCUCGACUGCUUUGUGAAGACGUGCUCAGAGCUGGCUUGAACGAUAAUAUGCUUGCGGAAGAUGAUGACGCGUUUGCUACGUCGCCACAGCAGGCUACGACUCUGCAAAUAGAGGACUUGCCUGUAGCUCGGGAGGCAGCACGAAAUACCUCGGUAAACUCGAGAAGAAAUCUUCCGGCUGGGUGUACUCGCGAAGGUUAUUUGCACAAAAGGGCAGGGUUUUUGCGAUGGACAGUCCGAUAUUUUCGCCUCGAUGCGCGCGGUGUUCUCUGUUGGUGGCGCCCCACCUUCGCCGAGCAAGUUCGACUGCAGCGGCCUGCGUGUUUGAACGAAGGUCAAAGUCCCAAUACCGCUGUUGCGUCAAGCGGAGGCACGACAUCAUCUGGCGCCCCCUCCGCGUCCAGCGGCGCAAAGAGUAAACCUGUGCGAGCUCUUCUUGUUGCAGAAGCACGUGCUAUCGAAAUCCGUGCUGCGAGCUUUCCCUUUAGUACGAGAGUGGUUAUCAAGUGGCCGGAUUACACUCUGGAAUUGCGGGCCGAACGCGAACCGGCCAUACGCGACUGGUACGAAAAGCUUUUAGCUGUGUGGAAUGCGGCACUAAAAGAUCCAGGAUGAAAAUGCAUGACAAUGAGACCAGUGCAGAUCACUGAGCAUUCUCCAUGCUGGAAAAAUGAGAAAUGAGCCAUCACCUUAAACACAAUAGAACUGAUAAAUGCUCUGCGUAUUUUCUGCAACGAGCAUAGUCAAUCAAUCUUGGACGCAACCGCAAGCCAGUAGAGUCCUACGCGGUGGGACAUCAUUGGAGUGCGCGAAGCAGGCGGCUGCUAUUG